CUCAGUCUCUCCUCCCUCUCCUCUCCUCUCCAUCUCUAUCUCUAUCUCGAUCUGCUCAGCUGAACUCUUUAGAAUACAGAUCGCCACCACGUUGGUCCAUCGAUCAUUAUGUCAAACAAACUCAACCAGCGUAAAAUCAACCGCGUUCUUGAAGCGCUGCUCCUGGUCGAAGAAGAAAACUUGUUGACAAUCAUCGUCAACAACUGAAUCUGAAGAGGAAAUAAUCAUCACAAAUAAUGAAAAAGAUAAGUUUACUCUAUGUCGGUCUUUUUAAUUCAAUAAUAAUCGUUAAAUCUUCAAAAUUGAUACCGAUUUACAAGGGUUUUGAAAACCCAAAUCGACGAUCUCAUCUAAAAAUCUUUCUUCGAUUUAUGAUCAGAGUUUAUAUCUGUAAUAUCCUCAUCUCGAUCUACCUUUUGAGACCAAAAUCUCAGAAAAAUCCACCUAAUUCUUUUUAAGGGUUCUUCAGAAGUCAGGAAAGCUGUUUAAAGAAAAUCUCAAAUAGAAAAUCAGUUUUUCGAUCCGUAAUAAGCAUAUUUGGAUCUCUGUUACCCAUUAAAUUGAUUUCAUCGAAUUUCAAUCUCUCAACCUUAUAUUGAAUUAGUAUAUGUUCUUGAUAGAUGGUAUGACUUUCAGUCUCAAUUCUUUUAGCUGAUUGAAUAAGCAUCAGCAGAUACAAAAUGAUGAUAAAAUAUAAUCUAAUAAUCUUAAUCUAGACAACAUGAUGUAGCAUCCUAAUUCACUUCUCAAAAACUUGCAAUUUCAAGGUAAAGAUUGAUAAGGUAAUGGGAUAACAAGUCAAAUGAUGAACAUCCAGCUGCUAAGGUACUUGUAGAGUUGGCAGAGCUUCAAGAUCGAGAAGUUGGAGAUGGGACUACUUCUGUUGUUAUUGUUGCUGUAGAAUUGCUCAAGGUAACACUUACAUAACUGGUAUGCUGGUUGUGCUCUAUAUGCUGUUGCAAUAUGUAGCUCCUUGGUUUUUUUGCAGAGAGCAAAUGAGCUGGUCAAGAAUAAGAUACACCCAACAUCUAUAAUCAGUGGAUACAGACGACCCCUAAAAGAGAGCCACAGAAAACUGCAUACUGGAACUGAACACUACGAUUGAAUAUUCCUUCAAGUUAACAACAAAGAACUCAAUGUUGCAGAAGCGCUAAUCAUAUCUUCAAAUAAAACUAAGUAUCUACCCGCAUCUAUAAUUUUAAAAGAGGGUACCUAUCAGUGAUGUGUGCUGGGUAAUCUUAGUAUAUUUAUAGUUGUGAAUGAAUGUUAGUUUUCCUACAUGUUGUCAUCCUUGAAUUAACCAAUCGUAAGCCUCAACUCUUGAUACAUGGCUAAUUACUGGCACUUCAUAAUUUAGUUUCUUUUCAAGUACAGACUUUGAAUGCCUGCUCUAGAGCCAUUCUCAUGUCGAAGUUAGAUCGAAGUGGCACCACAUCAAGCCUUGUUCCUGUUGUAAAUGGAGCUUCCCUUGCUCUACCAGCAACAUCAGUUCUUGGUGUUGCACCUGCCAUCAACCCACUAGCUGCUGCGCUUGGACAAGCUUCUAUACCUGCACUACCUGGUUUACCAUGUUCCCUUCCGGUUACUGCAGUAUCUGUGCCUCCUAUUGAUUCUGUGGGUGUCCCAAGUGAAUGCCUAAUACUGAAGAAUAUGUUCGAUCCAACAUCUGGGACUGAACAUGAUUUUGAUUUGGAUAUUAAAGAUGACGUUCAAGAUGAAGUUUCAAAGUUUGGGACAGUAAAACAUAUUUUUGUGGACAAGAAUAGUGCAGGGCAUGUGUACUUGCGGUUUGAUACUACAACAUCAGCCAUGAGUGCGCAGCGUGCUCUUCAUGGGAGAUGGUUUGCUGGGAAAAUGAUAACUGCAGCAUACAUGGUUAAUUGAAUAAUGCUCUGUUGUGAGAUCGGAAAGGUUGGAGAACAAAGCAACAAAGCAGCAGCCAUUAGGUCCCUUAGUAGCUGCAAGAUUUGUAAGUUAUAAUGUAGUAUCUCCUUCUAGAGAUUUAAGUUAGAAGAACUUAGGAAUUUCAGAACUUUAUACAAACUGAACUUAGGAACUAAGUAAGUUUAUGUGUAUGUCCAUUAAAUGAAUGGCAUAGUUUCUAUCAAAUACUCGUACUUGUUAACUUCAAUUGAAGAAUUCUUUUUUCA